UGCUAAGGCGCUUCAAGGAUACAUGUAAAGUCAGACUGGAUUCGGUUUUCCUUCUUUUUCCCUCUGUUCGUUUAUCGUGGAUCACGCCCGCUGUUCCACACGCUUUAACAUGACAUGUUGCUCCUUCGACGGGACGAACAGGGGGAACACGAUACAGUGCAGUGCACGGUUGUGUCGCUGAAAGCAAAUUUUCGUGAACGUUUCACAACUGCAGCCGUCUGUUGAGCGCAAACGCGGUCUCCAACCCGGACGGCAAAACUCAGGACUCUCGAAAACACUCAUUUGGAUGAGAGUCAACUUUGCGACUCGGCUGUCUUCACCAGCUGUCGAUUGUGGCCAGUCUCUCUUUCGGUGUUGGCAGCUCCUCUCCUGCGGAGUUCUUCUUUCUUGAGACGGGUUUUCUCUGAUAAAAAGGCUAAAAUGGAGUUCCUAGUCGGUGAUGACACCGGACUGCUCAAAAAUGUCAGUACCCCAAGAAGGUGUACAUACACCUACAAAGCGGGUCAGCAGGACCGGAAAGAAGCCAUUCUUUCUGCGUGUUGGUCAUCUGAAGAGUUCCUCUGUGAAGAAGUCACUGUAGGACGUCGGAGUGGCGUCGUGGAGGCGUUUCGGCUGCCUGCACCUCCGCCUUCUUCCGCGGUGGCGUCUCUGCAGAAAGCGAAGCUUCCGCCCACGAGCGCCAAUCCCGUCCAGGCUCCACACUACUUGCCCCACUCUGCGUUGUCCUGCGCUCUCCGUCCGCUGCGUGUUCUCCGGAUGCCCGCGCCGUGCGUACAAACGUCGCUGGUUCACGACCUCAAAGCUCGUCACCUGCUCAACGCUUCGCUUCGAGAUGCGCUCGCGGCGGACCCGUACUUCUCGCUGUUUCAGUGCCCGGUCUCUUCCCCUCUCUUGCCGUCGACGGGCGUCCCCGCCUUCGCCUCUUCGUCGCCGCAACUCUUCUGCAUCGAUCAGGAAGGCCAUGCGUGCGUUGUGAACUGGGAAGGUGAGUUUCGCGAGCACAUCGAGGUGUCGAGAGAAGAAGCGCCCUCCUCCAAAAAGUCCGACGCAGCUGAGGCGGCCGCAGGGACCAUCAGGCUAAAGAAGACCCGCGAAGACUCCUCUCCCGAGGACGCUGACCACACUGGCGCGUAUGUUUACGAAGUCGCCUUCCCCGCGGUUCCUGCGUAUCGACAUCCUUCCCCCGUGAGCGUCUCUGGCGUGCUGCGCGCCGUGAAACGCCCGCGGGGAGUUGCUAGAGUCAAACAAGAAGAUGACUCUGACUCUCCACUUCCCGUUUCUGCUUGCCACGUGGUGGCGGGAUGGCAGCUCUCGGGGCCAGUGGGAUGCGCGACGCCUAUUCACCCGUUGAUGCCAGAUCGAUUUGCGUUCGGCGGAAAGGAAAACGAAAUCAAGGUUUUCGACAUCUGUCAGGGCCGAUACAUCUGGGCUGCGAAGAACGUCCGCCAGACGCUGCUUCAGCUCCGAGUGGCUGUACACCCGACGAGUCUCGCGUGGCUCCCGAGUGUCCACCCUUUUGUGCUCGCGGCGGGGACGGCGAAGGGCGCCAUUCGUGUCUUCGACCUCCGCUGCCAGAGGCGGCCCGUCUACGAACUCGAAAACGCCGUCCGCGGCUCCCACGAUGUCAUCGAGAAACGCGUGAUUUCUGCCAUGGCUGCGGAAACCAUACCAGCCUCCGGACCCGAGGGCCUUGGGAGCAUUUUGCGCGCAUGCAGAGGUGCGCCGAGAAACGUGGAAGUGCUUGAAGGCGACGGAGUGAAGACAGAGAGCGCCGACGACUGGCGGCCUGGCGAGAAGAAGCGAAGAAAGACGAGGGGAGGAGUCGAGCGAGAAGAAGGCGACAACGGGGUCGCGGCGGCACAGACACGCGCUCCUACGACCGCCAAGAAAGGCGGAGAUGUCUGCGGGGGAAACGACGAGGAAACGACAACCACAGGGCUUUCAGAAGACGCUUUGAAGAUGCAAGUGAGGCGUCUGUACGGACGCGAGAAAGCGAAGCUGUACUUCGCGGACAGCUACGGCGCGGUGUACGUCCACACCGUUCUGACGGAAGACGCUCUGAUGCGGUUUAUCGACGGCGCUGUGAAGAAGCACAACAGAACUUCUUGCUGCACAACGCUCAGUGAAGACGAUGACGAGGCAGAUGGCCGAGCUGCUUGCAGAACGAAGAAGCGGUGGGCGGACCCGCGCAUUCGCAGCAAACUCCUUCUCGCGUUUCAACAGCGGAAACAACAGAAACUUUCGUCGAGAAAGAACGCGUCCAGACUUUGCUGCUCCCCCAUCAACGGCCCGCAAUACACAACCGUCUUCGCGGGUGGAUUCCAAGGCGCCGUAGGCGCCAUUCUCGCGUUGGCAGAAGACGCGAGCGGCCGAUACCUCGUCGGCGUCGGCUACGGGAGACACGCAUAUGUGUGGCGGACUUAUUCGCGCAAGCUGGCUGAGAAGGUGUAUUUGAAGCAGAAGCUUUUGACGGUACUGCCGAGCCGAAAAGCGGUGGCGGGCGAGACGAGGCCAGAGAGUGAUUCCGAGGAAGGCAGCGACGGAGGCAAAAACUCCCAGGAUGAAAGCACUGAUGGCAGCAGUGACGGAGAAGAAGGAAAGGAAGACGAAGAAGGCAAAGACUCAGAAGACGAUGCAACCGAGGACGAUGAAGAGAACGAGGAAGAAGACGACUCUGAGGAGGAGGACUAGGUUGCGUAACGCGUUAAUACGAGCAAUGCCCUGACGUACCUGCAUCUCAGAGAGUGGCGGCCACUGUCAGGAGGCGAGAGGCAGGGAGAGGAAACUCGGUGUCUUUAGAAUAAAGGCAGAAGCGAAGAUGGAAACCGGAUUUUCUUCAGCAGCUUCGUCAGUGUUAUUGAAAAGAGACGUAGUUGCGUCAGGAUGAGAUGAGACACGUCCUUGAGUCUUGCGACCCCAGUCUCUCUCUGUUCUCUUAUUGCCCUGUGUAACACUCUCUACCGACGAAGCAUCCGAUGAAUGCAGUGAUGUAUGCAUGUCUGAGAGAACUCGUUCUGCUUGGCAGGACGUGGUUUCGAUUUUUGACUGAGGAACCGCGGACAUAGGCAGAGCGACGCCCUGAGCAGGCGCGACAGGAGAGUCGCGAG